UGGCGCUGCCGUUGCUGUGGUGGCGCUGUCGAUGAAUCGUUCUUUACGUUCCCGACGGCCGUACUUCGCGUCGUGUUGAACGAAGUACUAACUUUUAUAUCCAAAGAGAUAUAAAGGAUCCGUUACAUUUCCAAUUAGAACAAUGGUCCAAAAGAAGCCAAAGAAGAAGGUAGGAAAGAAGGUAGCAGCUGCCCCAUUGGCAGUCAAGAAGGUUGAACCGAAGAAACAAACUAAUCCAUUGUUUGAAAAACGUACCCGUAACUUUGGUAUUGGACAGGAUAUUCAACCUGCACGUGAUCUGAGUCGCUUCGUAAAAUGGCCCAAGUACAUUCGUAUUCAGCGGCAAAGGGCUGUGCUCCAAAAGAGACUGAAGGUACCACCACCAAUCAACCAGUUCACACAAGCAUUGGACAAACAAACAGCUACACAGUUAUUCAAAUUGAUGGAGAAAUAUAGACCUGAAUCUGCUGCAAUGAAGAAAUUGAGGUUGAAGGCUAGAGCAGAACAAAAAGUUGCAAAAAAAGAAGACAUGCCAACAAAAAGACCCAAUGUGUUAAGAAGUGGAACAAAUACAGUAACCACACUUGUUGAACAAAAGAAAGCUCAACUUGUUGUGAUUGCACAUGAUGUUGAUCCAAUUGAGAUUGUACUUUUCCUGCCAGCUCUUUGCCGUAAAAUGGGCGUACCUUACUGUAUAAUAAAAGGCAAAGCACGUUUGGGACGUCUCGUCAGACGUAAAACUUGCACUGCAGUAGCUCUGACUCACGUGGAUUCCGGUGACAGAGCCAACUUCUCAAAAAUAGUUGAAGCUAUUAAGACGAACUUCAAUGAUAGAUACGACGAAAUCCGACGUCAUUGGGGCGGUGGUCUGUUGGGCAGCAAAUCUGCUGCUAGGAUAGCUAAGUUGGAGAAAGCUAAAGCUAAGGAACUUGCGCAGAAACAGGGUUAACGUCAUCCUGUUCAUCGGGUAUUGUUUACCAUGUAUAACAAUAAAAUAUAAAAAUCAAA